AUGAACGGCUACGGCUCCCCCUACCUGUACAUGGGCGGCCCGGUGUCGCAGCCGCCGCGGGCGCCCCUGCAGCGCACGCCGAAGUGCGCGCGCUGCCGCAACCACGGCGUGCUGUCCUGGCUCAAGGGCCACAAGCGCUACUGCCGCUUCAAGGACUGCACUUGCGAGAAGUGCAUCCUCAUCAUCGAGCGGCAGCGAGUCAUGGCGGCGCAGGUAGCGCUGCGCCGGCAGCAGGCCAACGAGAGCCUGGAGAGCCUCAUCCCGGACUCACUGCGGGCCCUGCCGGGGCCCUCGCCGCCCGGGGACACCGCUACCGCCCCGCAGCCGCCGCCUACCUCGCAGCCGUCGCAGCCGCCUCCGCCGCCACGCCCAGCUGCUGAGUUGGCCGCGGCAGCCGCGCUGCGUUGGGCCACCGAACCCCAGCCCGGGGUACUGCAGGCACAGCUCGUCAAGCCAGAUCUGACGGAAGAACGCCUUGGGGAUGGCAGUGCGGCAGACAAUACCGAGGCCUUCAGCGACAAGGACACGGACCAGAGGAGCUCCCCAGAUGUGGUGACAAGUAAGAGCUGCUUCACCCCCGACAGCCCUGAGAUAGUGUCAGUGGAUGAAGGAGGUUAUGCGGCCCAGAAAAACGGAGGCUGUGCCGAGAGCCGAGCAGACAGUCCCAAGUACCACGCGGAACAGAAUCACCUCCUGAUUGAGGGCCCCUCCGGGACCGUUUCUCUGCCCUUCAGCUUGAAAGCCAACAGACCGCCCCUCGAAGUGUUAAAGAAAAUAUUCCCCAACCAGAAGCCCACCGUGCUUGAGUUAAUCCUGAAGGGCUGUGGGGGGGACCUGGUGAGCGCCGUGGAAGUCCUUCUCUCCAGCCGAUCUUCAGUGCCCGGAGCCGACCGAACUGCCACAGAGCCCGAGAGUCUUGUUCUGCCCUCCAACGGGCACAUCUUUGAACAUACCCUGAGUUCCUACCCCAUCUCCUCUUCCAAGUGGUCUGUGGGGUCAGCCUUUCGGGUCCCAGACACGUUGAGGUUUUCUGCUGACUCGAGUAAUGUUGUGCCAAACCCCUUGGCGGUGCCCCUGCAGCACCCUUUCCCCCAGCCACCCCGCUACCCCCUAAUGCUGAGGAAUACUUUGGCGAGAAACCAGUCGAGCCCCUUUCUGCCCAAUGAUGUCACCCUGUGGAACACCAUGACGCUGCAGCAGCAGUACCAGCUGAGGUCCCAGUACGUCAGCCCCUUCUCCAGUAACUCUACCAGCAUCUUCAGGAGCUCACCUGUGCUCCCCACCCGCACCCCCGAAGACCCUAGGAUCGCCAUUCCUGAGGAUGGGUGCCCAGUUGUGUCCAAGCAGUCCAUGUACACCGAGGAUGACUAUGAUGAGCGGUCUGACUCCUCAGACUCUAGAAUACUCAAUACAUCAUCUUAAAGUGGUCCUGGAUGGGUGGUAACUGGAGGACAUUUUCUUUUCAACCCUGGGGCUUCAGGAGGGGCCACAGCCUGUGUAUACCGUUCCCUUCUGUUUGACAAAGUG